UCAGUCAAGUUUUGCUAGUCGACGGAGGAACAGCAGUUGUCCGUGCUCAGGCGACUGUACCACUGUCGACACGUUGUUUUUUUUAUUUGUGGAUAUUUCUACAAUCUCUUUUCGAAUUAAGGGACGUAAUUAUACCAAAACAAGUGACCCACAAAGUGACCCAGGCGCUGUCGCUUUAAAGCGAACACCUCCCCCUCCCCCUUCAAAUAUUGGAGCCCCCCAAUCACCCAGAUAACAUGGACGGAUUCUACGACCAGCAAGUCCCAUUUAUGGUCCCUCCCAGUCACAAGUCUCACGUGGAGGAACCAUCUCACAGCAGGCCUCUAAACGACAGGAAGAGAAAAUUUGUGGACACAGAGCUCGCCCAGGACACAGAAGAACUUUUUCAAGACCUCAGUCAGCUGCAAGAGAUCUGGAUUGCAGAAGCCCAGGUGCCUGAUGACGAACAGUUUGUCCCAGAUUUCCAGUCGGAUAGCUUGAUGUUUCAUGGCCCGCCACCAGCCAAGAUCAAACGAGAGCUGACCCCCUCCAAAGAGCUCUCUCCCUGCCGCCAAGACCGCAGUCCCAUGCCCUACGGAGAGAAGUGCCUUUACAGCUACAGUGCCUGUGACAGGAAGCCCACUCCAGGGUUCAAGCCAUUAACUCCCCCCUCCACACCUGUGUCUCCCUGUGGCCCCACCAGCACAGCAGUAACGCACCCCCUGAGCGAGCAGACCCCCCCUCCACCUCAUCCCCACGUAGCCAACCCAAAUGCAGGGCCACGUGCCGUUCAUGUACAGCAGCCGCUCACAGCAAAUGCCAGCUCAGCCAGCCAACAGGCCCUCCCAGUCCACAGCCACACCCCACCCUUCGUGGUGCCCUGUGCACCAAUCAGCCAGGAUGCCAACACCUUCACACCUGAGCACAGGUUCCAGAGGCAGAUGUCAGAGCCUUGUCUACCUUUCCCGCCGUCAGACAGCCAAGGACGACCCCAGUUCCUACCGCAGGUUCCCAGCAGCAACAACAGUUUGCCACGAGACAGCCGGCCACCGUACCACCGGCAGAUGUCAGAGCCGCUGGUAGCCGUGCCUCCACCACAGGGGUUCAAACAAGAACUCAUCGACCCACGAUACACAGAGCAGGGCGUCCCCACCAUGGGCCCUCCUGUCCCUCCGUCGGGGCCACCACGCCAGGUUGGGUUCCACCCCAUGGCCAUCAAGCAAGAGCCAAGAGACUUCUGCUUCGAUUCUGAAGUGCCUAACUGUCAGUCAUCGUUCGGGAGAGCGGGGAGCUUCUACCAAAAUAACCAUGAAAGUUUUCCCUUCGACAGAGAUCAUCAGCUGUACUUUGACGACACCUGUGUGGUUCCUGAGAGAUUAGAAGGUAAAGUAAAACAGGAGCCCUCAGUGUACCGUGACGGCCCACCCUACCAGCGCCGCGGCUCCCUGCAGCUCUGGCAGUUCCUCGUCACUUUACUGGACGACCCAGCUAAUGGUCACUUCAUUGCGUGGACCGGCCGUGGCAUGGAGUUUAAGCUCAUCGAGCCUGAAGAGGUUGCUCGUCGCUGGGGCAUCCAGAAGAACCGACCUGCCAUGAACUACGACAAACUAAGCCGCUCUCUACGCUACUACUACGAGAAGGGCAUCAUGCAGAAGGUAAAGGUGGCAGGUGAGAGGUACGUGUACAAGUUUGUGUGCGACCCUGAGGCUCUCUUCUCCAUGGCCUUCCCUGACAACCAGAGGCCCAACCUGAAGGUGGACCCUGACAGCCUGCCGGGUCUGGAUGAUGACACGGUGCCCCUCACCCACUACGAAGACACUGCCCCCUACCUGCUGGACGCGGCGGAGCAGUGCGCGGCCGGCCUGCCCUUCCCAGACGGCUACGGCUACUAACAACUGUCGUCCCCACCACACUUAUCUACAUGCAAAAACACUCCCUCGAUGCCCACUCUGGACCUGCUGAGCUGCGAGGAAGCUAAACCUCACGCUCUUUGCUCCCUCUCCUGCUCCCUGGAAAACCUUCGGAAACUCCGGAAGCUCCCGAGCUACAACGAGGGGGGAAAAAGAAAGGACAGAAACAAGUGGACUCGGUAGCUCUGCCCCGGCUUCCUUAAAUAAGACAAGGGGGCUGCUGUUUUCUUCAGAGACCAAACAAAGCGAGGCCGCCAACUUUAAAAAGAACUGACAGCAAGAGAUGUUACACAUCUGAUUUUGUGACAAUCUGCUUUUCUUAAAAAUGAAACAGAGUAAAAUUUAAAAUCUAAAUUCUAUCGUUGCCUUUUUGGGUCCCCUUUCCUGCAUUUUCACUUCACCACAUCUUAACUGAAGAUCCGUUAAAGGGCUUUAAUUUGCAAAAACGGAUUAACAAGAAAACCACAGCAUAUUCUAACCCCACAGAUGACUUUGUUUUCUGUAGAUAGGACUUCUUUUUCUUUUAAAUAUGCCAGCUGUUUGUAGAAUUUCGUUGAGACCCAGGACUCUCAGGUUUCUGGGGCGUUGCUGUAUUUUCAGGCUAGUCGGUCAGGCUGCUCUCUCUCUCUCUCUCGUGUAAAUGUUACGUUAUUUUAAUCGUACCUACCUACCGCUCCGUGUAAGAGAUUGUAUCUGCUUCCCUUUAGAGACUGAGAGUCUUUACAGUACAGUACACUCCUCUAUAUCAUGUUUGUUCUCACUGCUGGGUCCUUUUCUAUCGAGAUGAUAAGCACUCCAUCUCCUCUGUUUUCAAAAGGGACACACAAGUACAUAUUUUCCCAUUAAAACGCCUAAGAUUAUAUAUGAUAAAAGUUGAUUUUGCUCCCUUUCUUUUGUAUUCCCGUCUGGGUGCUUCAUGUUUCCUUGGCAGUGUACUAGUUCCUCUGAUGCCCCAGUAUGGCCGGAGCAUCGGGACGUUGCAUGCAAAAAAAAUCAGAAGGGUUUUUUGACGUUUUGACGACCCGUUUUUUGGACACCUUCUCUGCCAGUCACAACCAGAGACUUCUGCUUCUCUUUGCAUGGUGUAAGUGUCCACUAACAUAUCGCUUUACUGUCUUUGGACAAAGAAGAUAUUUGUGAUAUUCUCUGCAGUUUUAUUUUUGUGUUCUUUAUGUAUGUUUCUGAACCGGGGCAAAGACAAAACGUAUAUAAAAGUAUAUAUUUUUGCUAUAAGGCUGCAUUUGUUUUGAUUUUGAUGUAUAAGCUGUAUAGUUCUGCCUCUAAUAGAAAUGUACCUUUUUAAAAAACAAUCCUUACGACGCUCCUCAUGCAGACUGUUUCUUUAAGAGGCCUCUGUGUUCAGCUUUGAGUUAGAUGUUUGAAAAAGGCCAGAGUUCCAGCGAAGGCCACGGAUAUUAUCAUGGGAUCGAGCCCGAGCACAGAGGAGUCUGCUCUUGUAUAGGCUUCAGCCCCCCCUCCUCCCCUCCCCUCCCUCACAAUGUGUUUCUUACACUGCUGAGUUUAUGAUAAUCUGUACUGGGUACAAUAAACGGUCCUUUAUGCUUCA